AUGCUGCAAUGGCUCAUUGAGAAUGAGAGGGGCUUGGACUUCCUCUGCCGCAGCGUCAGAGCUACAUUUGCCCUGUUCGCAGAAAUGGGAAUGACAGUCAACGCGUCGAAAUCCAAGCUCAUCCUAUCCAUACGCGGCGGAGUGGCCAAGAGAUGGCUGAGAUGUAAGAGGCAGCGGACGCAGCAAGGGUACGUCAUUCGCCUAGGCACACCCAGCAACCCGAUUGACAUACCCCAUGUGGCCAGUGCUGUAUAUCUUGGAAUCGAGAUCUCCUUGGAUAACUACGCCCUGCGCACAUGUAAACUUCGGAUGAAGAUGGCUGGGGCAAUCAGACAUCGCCUCCUUAAGGUGCUUCACUCCGCAGGUAUCGGCCUCCGCACUCGUGUCACGCUGUAUGCCUCGUGCGUGCGUAGCUCCAUGUUCUACGGACAACAUGCCGUCGGGCUCUCUUCCAACAUACUGAGGCGACUCGAAAAUAAGGAUGCUAGAUAUCUCCGUGCCAUCUCGCGCAGCCCCGCACACAUUACCAUGGAAAGCACUGAAUCCCUUAGGAAGAGACUCCGUAUCCUUAGCCCGAGCGCCGUCUUCUGCAAGCUUCUUGGUAAGCGACUGAAGGCCUGUCAAAAUUUGGCCUGUCGGCAGUCCUUCUCUGUUACCUUGGACACAGCGCAGCGCUUUCAACCAGGCCAUGCUCAGCCCAGUGGCACCCAACUGGAAGAGAUUUCAGACUGUGAGCCUAUUGCGUGUCCUGAGUGUGGCCUUUACUUUGCUGACAUGCGGCUUCUCAGGUCUCAUCAAGCCCGCAAGCAUGGUUAUAAGAAAGGCAAGAUGCCCACACAGGCCGAGUAUGUUCGUAACACUGUUGACGGAAUGCCACAAUGCAUACAUUGCCGGAAAGUCUUCACCCGGGUUGAGGGGCUCAAGAAACAUCUUAGAGGUUCCUGUCGGGUCAUGAUGCAACAAGGGCACGAAGAGCCGGAAGCUGCCAGCGAUGUCAGUGGGGAGGUACCCCACACGCGUGAGGGGCUGCUUGGGUGUUCGCACCGGGCCCCUCCGGCAGUCUCCGCUCCGAUUGCACUUUUGGAGCGUCGUUCUUUUCGGAAUGCUGUGAAAAUGCAGUGGAGAUCUGUUCUCUCCCAGGCCGACUAUGUGUCCUCAUUGCAGCAGUACUGCGUCAUCUGUGGCCGGUGGGCGUCCAAUGUAGGAGGUAUCAAGCAGCACAUAAGGCCCAUCCACCCGCAAGAGUGGCAGCAUAAAACGGAGGCGGCAGCUAGGUGCUCGAGCACAGGGCUGAUUGCCGAGUCCCCCUGCCAUUACUGCAAGCUCGAGAUCAAGGCACCUCGGACUCACCUAUCGAUCAUGGAGCAAGGGGACCAGGAGAUAGCGGCUGCAGCACGCCGAGAGGCGGAGGAUGUCUUCGGAGCCGAUCCCCGGGCGAAGCGCAACACUCCGGAACCGGACGACUCCCACGAGCGCAAGCCCAAGUGGAACAAGCCGGCCUCAAAAGGCCAACAGUCCUACGGCAAGGGCGGUUACCAUGGCUCGUGGCGCGAGGCGAAGGACCCAUGGUCGUACGAGCCAGUUGCUCUGGGAACAGCGGAGCAGGAGUUCUUGAAGAACGUGGCGAAGAUGCUAAUGCGUCACGAGUCGGAGAUGCGCCUGCUCCGGCAGGACACCACGUGGAUGCUGUUUAUGGACACAAGCGAACACGGACUGCUCAAGCUGAUUCAGGAGAAGGCUGCCCAGUGGCAAGAGCUCUAUCAGCAGAAGAAGGUCACCAGCAGUCUUCGCGUGAUCUUACUGAUCUGCAUCUUUCAGGAACUGGCGCAACGCCUGGACAAUCUGCUCCAGGACCAGCAGAAGCUGGACAAGAUACACACGGUCGGGUGGCUGGUGGAAGGAGAGCAGGCUGUGAACCCCAAGUGGGUUUACCAGCAAUGGUCCCCGGAGAAGCAGACGGUCGAGCUGUCAACGCAAGCUCCGAUCUCUUACUCACUGGCACGGGAGGCGAUCCAAUGUGUCAUCAACAAUGUGGGGGGGCCAGGCGUGCUCUUGAGAUUUCGCUCCACAAGGCCGAUGACGGAGCAAAUCUCGGGGGAAGUCCUCCCGUUUGCCCUGGUUCUAUCCAUGCGCGGAAACCUGGCCAUGCAAGUUCACCAAGCCAUGGGUCUUCUGACGGGCAACGCGUGCCUGAAGGUAGCUGGACUUCGGAUUCGUCCAGACCGAGGCCAACAGUCCAAGCUGGCUCGAGCCCUCGAGGACUCAUAUACCGGCCUCUCCUUUGCCGAUUGGAAACCUCGGCAGAACAGCUGGCAGAAACAGCGACCGCGCCCUCCGAAGACGAGCGACGCCAGCGAGGAAGGCAUGGAGGCCAAGGUGCCUCAGAGUAGCCUUCAGAACCCACAUAACAUCUGCUACUUGAAUGCAGCAUCGCAGGCCUUUGCAUGGAUCGGCCAGCUGUCUGGCAAUGAGGACAUUUGUUAUGGGUUGCCAGUCAGUAUUGCAUGGCGUAUGCUGUUGCAGGGAUGGGAGGGUCUAUCUCGCGAGCAAGACGUAAGUCAGUUUAUGGUGCAUCUGCUGGAAAAAUCCAAGCCAGCUGCAUACGUUGGCGCAUGGCAAGCUCGUCUGAGUAAUCCUGACUCCCUGGUGGACGAAGGAUCGCUGCAGCUGCCAAUCCCGAUGGAUCUCCAAGGCAGCACCAUUGAGGAAAUCAUUCAUAAGUGGCAUGAGCAGCACUCCAUCCAUGCAAUCAGCCGCCAUGCAGGUAUCAUCAUUCUGUGGCAGCCCGGUGAACGAGUCGCCAUGCCGUUUUUCUCUGCACCAACAGGAGUGCAAAUCCGCUUCGAGGAGUCGCCUGCGGGGGAGAUGCAGGAUCCAACCGUCACGGAGAUGCCCAUGCCGGCUCAACUAUAUCAAGAUGCCUUUGAAGAGUAUCUUCUCUUGGAGGCAUAUAGGGUACUUAAGGCCAGGCAAACUGCAGAGCCGCUGCCGAAUGAGAUGGCUAUGGCCCAGCGUAAUGAUAUACUGGCAGUAGCCCGCGAGGACCUUGAUGACUCAGGCUACGCUCAGUUGCUGGCCUAUGCGGACUCCCUGUGCGAUACGUGUGCUUCAUUGCCCUGCCUGGUGAUGCCUGUACCGCUUUGUACUCCUACCACGUCUAGCAGUGAUGCUGAUCAGUUGGCGAUGGCAAUCCUGCAGGAUGGCGUGAGCUCUCUUUGGAGUGCGGUUCGACAGGUGGUGCAACGCCUCGCCAUGAGUAUGGAGCCUCGUUUGGGUAGUACCGUUUCCAGCCAGGUCACACGACUGGGGGCCUCUGGACAGAUGUCCUUCACUGGGCUCACGCAAUCCACGGCUACGCAUCGCUCUGCAUGUGUCUUGCUGAAUAGCCUGGUGUUGCAGCUAUGUCCCAGGCAUCGCUGGACCAGCUUGGUACUCAGCAAGAACGGAGCUCUACCGCCACACCGUGAUGUGCAAAAUGCCAGGAUACCUACGCUCCUUGUUGGUCUCAGCCAUUACAGGGACGGCCAGCUGUGGGUCCAAGAUGAACGUGGAACAGACUAUGAAGAGUAUGGCUCAGAGUUGGUAGCAGGCAGGCUGUACGAUACUAGCAUGCGAUGCUUGCUCUUCCCAGCGGCCAGCCUGCUUCACUGUGUGAAGCCCUGGACUGAAGGGGAUCGAUAUGUCUUGGUUUCCGCCUUCCAACGCAUGACCUUGAAGGUUGAUGCCG